UUCGACCCAUGAAGGUGCAGACAGGACGCACACUGCAGCCUACGGUAGCCUACUGCACAUAGAGGGCGUUUUCCCAGCAUGAGAAACAUUUGAUCGGUACACCCAGGGUAAUUAAUGCAAACCCACAUACUACAUCACUGAACACAAAUCAGGGAGGGAAGCAAGAGCUGAAGUACAGUGUGUGGAGCAUCUGUAGACCUAUACUGUGAACCUUCCACAUGCGUUUGGACACUUACUGCACAGCCGGUGGAUAUUAAAUCACUGUCGGAGAUUUUUUCCCCCCUUAACGUGGCUGUAUAUAUCUCAUCGAACUUGAUUUGACCAAAACACCUCUUGUUCUUGAUGAUACAGCGCUGUUUUUAAACACCGCGGCUGAUUGGAUAUGGCGAGCGUUCAGCCGGUGGCCACGCCGGGCGACAGAGCACCUCCUCCCGGCCACAGGCAGCACGGAGCUGCCGCGAGCUCCGGUACCGGUGACAUGAUGAUGAUGAUGUCUUGCUCCGGGUCGGUGGUGCUACCGGCCGGGGUGAUAAACCCUUCGGUUCCGAUUCGGAAUAUCAAGACGAAAUUCGCAGUCGUCACCGGUCUCAUUCAAGUCGGCGAGGUCAGCAAUAGAGAUAUAGUCGAAACGGUGUUGAAUCUGCUGGUUGGUGGUGAGUUUGACCUGGAGAUGAACUUCAUCAUCCAGGAUGCAGAGGCCAUCAUCUGCAUGUUGGAGCUGCUGGAACACUGUGAAGUCACAUGCCAGGCGGAAAUCUGGAGCAUGUUUACCGCCAUCCUGCGCAAGAGUGUCCGCAACCUGCAGACCAGCACUGAGGUCGGCCUCAUUCAGAGGCUAUUGCUCAAAAUGAGCUCUGUGGAUGACAUGAUCGCAGACUUGCUGGUGGAUAUGCUGGGAGUUCUGGCCAGCUACAGUAUCACCGUCAAAGAACUCAAAUUGCUCUUCAGCAUGCUGAGAGGAGAAGGAGGAUUGUGGCCAAGACAUGCAAUCAAACUGCUCUCAGUUCUCACUCAAAUGGCACAGAGACAUGGACCAGACACUUUCUUUAACUUUCCUGGCCGAAGUGCAGCUGCGAUUGCAUUGCCUCCCAUCGCUAAAUGGCCUUAUCAGAACGGCUUUACCCUCAACACCUGGUUCCGCAUGGAUCCUCUGAACAACAUCAACGUGGACAAAGACAAACCCUACCUUUACUGUUUCCGCACAAGCAAAGGCAUCGGCUACUCUGCACAUUUUGUGGGGAAUUGCUUGAUUGUGACAUCAUUGAAGUCAAAAGGAAAAGGCUUCCAGCACUGCGUGAAAUAUGACUUUCAGCCCCGCAAGUGGUACAUGAUCAGCAUCGUUCACAUCUACAACCGCUGGAGGAACAGUGAGAUUCGCUGCUACGUCAAUGGACAGCUUGUCUCCUACGGCGACAUGGCUUGGCAUGUCAACACCAACGACAGCUAUGACAAAUGUUUCCUCGGCUCAUCUGAGACGGCAGACGCCAACCGAGUGUUCUGUGGACAGCUCGGAGCCAUCUAUGUGUUCAGUGAAGCGCUAAACCCUGCUCAGAUAUUCGCCAUCCAUCAACUAGGUCCAGGAUACAAGAGCACCUUUAAAUUUAAAUCAGAGAGCGAUAUCCACCUGGCUGACCACCAUAAGCAAGUGUUGUAUGAUGGGAAGUUAGCAAACAGCAUUUCCUGCACUUACAAUGCCAAAGCCACAGACGCUCAGCUCUGCCUGGAGUCCUCACCCAGAGAAAACCCGUCCAUAUUCGUGCAUUCGCCUCACGCUCUAAUGCUACAGGACGUGAAGGCCAUCGUUACACACUCCAUUCACAGUGCCAUUCACUCCAUUGGCGGUAUCCAGGUGCUGUUUCCUCUCUUUGCACAGCUGGAUUUCCAUCAGCACAGUGAAAGCCAAGUGGAGACCACAGUGUGUUCCACUCUCCUGGCCUUCCUGUUCGAGCUACUCAAGAGUUCAGUGGCAAUGCAAGAGCAGAUGCUUGGUGGGAAGGGUUUCCUGGUGAUUGGGUACCUGCUGGAAAAGGCAUCACGGACGCACGUCACCAGAGCCGUUCUGGAGCAGUUCCUCGCUUUCGCCAAAUACCUGAACGGCCUUACCCACGGUGCACCUCUUCUCAAACAACUCUGUGACCAUAUUCUGUUCAACGCGGCUAUUUGGAUCCACAUACCUGCGAAGGUGCAGCUCUCGCUGUACACGUACCUUUCAGCAGAGUUUAUUGGCACGGCAACCAUAUACAACACCAUCCGUCGAGUCGGGACUGUGCUGCAGAUCAUGCACAUACUGAAGUAUUAUUACUGGGCUGUGAAUCCUGACCACACCAGCGGCAUCACACCCAAAGGCCUGGACGGUCCUCGGCCCUCACAGAAAGAGAUCACCUCCCUCAGAGCCUUCAUGCUGCUCUUCCUCAAACAGCUCAUACUGAAGGACCGAGGUGUUAAAGAAGAUGAGCUUCAAAGUAUUCUCAACUACCUGCUGACCAUGCAUGAGGAUGAGAACCUCCAUGAUGUUCUUCAGCUGCUGGUGGCCCUCAUGUCUGAGCACCCAGCCUCCAUGAUUCCCGCAUUUGACCAGAGGAACGGCAUCUGGGUGGUGUACAAACUACUGGCUUCUAAGAGUGAAAGCAUCCGAGUUCAGGCUCUGAAAGUUCUGGCAUAUUUCCUCAAACACUUAGGCCACAAGAGGAAGGUGGAAAUAAUGCACACAAACAGUCUCUUCACUCUUCUUGGGGAACGACUCAUGCUGCACUCCAACACACUGUCGAUAACUACGUACAACACACUAUAUGAGAUUUUGACAGAGCAGGUUUGCACGCAGGUCGUCCACAAGCCACAUGCUGAGCCCGACUCUACUGUGAAGAUCCAGAACCCAAUGAUUCUUAAGGUGGUGGCCACACUGUUGAAGACCUCCACACCCAGUGCAGACCUGAUGGAGGUGCGGCGUCUCUUCCUGUCUGACAUGAUCAAACUCUUCAGUAACAGCCGUGAGAACAGACGGUGUCUGCUGCAGUGUUCCGUUUGGCAGGAUUGGAUGUUCUCUCUCGGCUACAUUAACCCUAAGAACUCAGAGGAGCAGAAGAUCACUGAGAUGGUUUACAACAUCUUCCGGAUUCUUCUCUACCACGCCAUCAAGCACGAGUGGGGCGGCUGGCGUGUGUGGGUGGACACACUGUCCAUAGCCCACUCCAAAGUGACAUAUGAAGCUCACAAGGAAUAUUUAGCUAAAAUGUAUGAGGAAUACCAGCGACAGGAAGAGGAGAACAUUAAGAAAGGGAAGAAGGGGCUUGUCAGCACCAUUUCAGGGCUUUCUGCCCAGGCUUCGGCCAUUAAAGGCACUCUGGAGCUGGACCCGGAUUCCCAAACUCAGACUCCUGAGAGUGAAGCGGAUGAACCAGAAACGACUGAAUCGGGACGGAACCUCUUGUCUGAAACUAAAUGUUUGGAUGAGGAGAACCCAGCAUCAGGUGUCCAUGUGGAAGUUCAUGACCUGCUUGUAGAUAUCAAAGCUGAGAAGGUUGAGGCCACAGAGGUCAAGAUGGACGACAUGGACCUCCUGCCUGUCACUGAAAAUGGAGGCUUGGUGGAAGUGGACUCUCUUCUGGAUAACGUCUACUCAGCUGCAGUGGAGAAGCUAAACAGCAGUGUAAACAGUGUUCUGGUACCCAAAGCCACCAUAGAAGACAAAAGCUCAGGUCCUCUCAUCACACUGGCUGACGAAAAAGAUGCCAUUCCCAGCAGCAACACCUUCCUCUUUGGCACGAUGGCGACCAGCUCGGGAGAAAACCUCCUUCCUGAAAUGGGACCAUCUGAACCUCUUCCGCUCUCAGGAGUGGAACCUCAGGUCCAUACCAGCUCUAGUGCAGACCUUGGGCUUUUGGCUCUCAUGGCGAAGAGCUCGAAAGAGUUGGACACUAACCCAACAGCUUUGGAGGAUGACAGCUUUAAGAUGAGUGGUUUUAGCGUCUCUGAAGGGGAAAGCCUGUCUAAAUGCCCAGGGCAGAUAGAGACGUUGGCAGUAGAUCUGGAGCCAGGGGUUUCUGGGGUAAAGAGCACUGCAGAUGUUACCAGCACCACAUCAGACACAGAGAAAUCAGAUGAUGGCAAAGAUAAAGAGGUGAAGAAGAUUCUGACUACUGCUACAACACAGUUUAAUGUAUGUUGUGUGGCUGUGAGGAACUGCUUAGAGUGUCGUCAGCAUCAGAGGGACAGAAGUCUGAAGUCCACCUUGUCUUCCAGUAAGUCUCAGGAGGGCCUGCAAAGUGUUUCCAUGGCCAGCAAGACCACCAUAGAACAUUUUCCAAGUAAUGUUUCUCCAAUUAAGGACCUGGACCGACUUCUGCAAGACGUGGACAUCAACCGUCUGCGAGCUGCUGUCUUUCGCGAUGUUGAUGACAGUAAGCAGGCCCAGUUCCUGGCUCUCGCUGUUGUCUAUUUUAUCUCGGUGCUGAUGGUGUCGAAGUACCGGGACAUCCUGGAACCUCAGCGGGAGACGGUCAGGUGUAUCAGCCAGUCAGGAAGAGGCAUUCGGCAUGAGAUAAAUUCCCCCACCAGCACAGAGCACCCAUCAGCCCUCUCUGACAGUCGCAGGGAUGCUGUUAGUGUGCUGGAGGAGUCCCGUCAGGAGUCAUCCCUCCCUCACUCUGACUCAGGACUGGGUGACGACCAGGUGUCCAGUGUGAUGAACGGGGCCGACCUGGACCAUACCAUGGGUGGUCCGAACGGCAUGAGUGGGUUGUUCUGCACACUGUCAUCAGAGGCCAGGUCACAGGAGAGCUUGACUGAGCCUUCGACUGUGGAUCACCUCAAACCCGCCUCAUCCAUCUCCAGCAUCAGCCAGUCCAACAAAGGCAUCAAUGUCAAGGAAAUCCUGAAGAGCCUGGUAGCAGCUCCUGUGGAGACCACAGAGACCGGGCUAGACACCCUGCCAUACCCUGACCAUCAGGCCAUGAAGAGGGAAGCCCAAGCCGUGUUACCCAUGCAGUUCCAUUCCUUUGACAGGAGUGUGGUGGUACAGGCCAAGAAGCCUCUCUCGGGCCUGACAGUGAACACGGUGGGCAGUUCUGGCUCCAGCAGCACCCUGACCUCUGCUAGCACCCCAAACAUCUUCGCUGCUGCUGCUUCGUCCGCUACGCCCAAGAGUAUGAUCAACACUACAGGAGCCACAGAUGCAUCCACUUCCUCUUCCUCCAGCUUUGUGAAUGGAGCCACCAGCAAGAAUCUGCCUGCGGUUCAGACUGUGGCCCCCAUGCCUGAGGACACCAUGGAGAACAUGAGUAUCACCACUAAACUGGAGCGAGCUCUGGAGAAGGUGGCCCCAUUACUGAGGGAGAUCUUUGUGGACUUUGCACCUUUCCUCUCUCGCACACUGCUGGGCAGUCAUGGUCAGGAGUUGCUCAUUGAAGGUCUGGUGUGCAUGAAGUCAAGCACCUCGGUAGUGGAGCUAGUUAUGUUGUUAUGCUCUCAGGAGUGGCAGAACUCUAUCCAGAAGAACGCUGGCCUGGCUUUCAUUGAGCUUAUCAACGAGGGAAGACUCCUUUGUCAUGCCAUGAAGGAUCAUAUCGUUCGAGUGGCCAAUGAAGCAGAGUUCAUCCUCAACAGACAGCGAGCCGAGGACGUCCACAAGCAUGCAGAGUUUGAGUCUAACUGCGCGCAGUACGCGGCAGACAGGAAAGAAGAGGAGACGAUGUGUGAUCACCUCAUCAGUGCCGCCAAACACCGCGAUCAUGUGACAGCCAAUCAGCUGAAACAGAAGAUCCUCAACAUCCUCACCAAUAAACACGGAGCCUGGGGCGCAGUAGCGCAGAGGAGUUCCUGUCUUUUCCCCUUUUCCAGUCAGCUGCAUGACUUCUGGCGUCUGGAUUACUGGGAGGAUGACCUCCGGAGGAGGCGGAGAUUCGUCCGAAACCCUUUUGGCUCCACCCACUUGGACAUCACGUGCAAAUCGCUGGAGGACUACGGCCCUGAGGAAGAUGAGGCCCUGAGAGGUAGGAAAGGCUUCCGUGGCCAGGCGGUGGUCUGCCAGAGCCCUGAGACAGAGCUGAUGCUGGAGGGGGAUGAUGACACUGUCAAUCUGCUGCAGGAGAAAGAGGUGGACAACUUGGCAGGCCCUGUUGUUUUGAGCACCCCGGCCCAGCUUAUUGCCCCGGUCACUGUAGCUCGUGGGACUCUCUCUAUCACUACCACGGAAAUCUAUUUUGAAGUGGACGAAGAUGAGCCAGCCUUCAGACGCAUUGAUGCCAAAGUGCUGGUCUACUCCGAGGGGCUUCACGGCAAAUGGAUGUUCAGCGAGAUCCGAGCGGUGUUCACCAGGCGCUUCCUGCUUCAGAACACAGCGCUGGAGAUCUUUAUGGCCAACAGAACGUCCGUCAUGUUUAACUUCCCCGAUCAGCCCACAGUGAAGAAGGUGGUCUACAGUCUUCCUUGCGUUGGCGUCGGCACAAGUUACGGUCUUCCACAGGCCAGGCGGAUUUCUUUGGCCACCCCUCGUCAGCUCUUCAAGUCGUCUAAUAUGACUCAGCGCUGGCAAAGACGGGAGAUCUCCAACUUUGAGUACCUGAUGUUUCUCAAUACCAUUGCAGGAAGGACAUACAAUGAUCUGAACCAGUAUCCUGUUUUCCCAUGGGUCCUCACAAACUAUGAGUCAGAAGAGCUGGACCUCACAGUUCCCGGCAACUUCAGGGAUCUUUCAAAGCCAAUCGGAGCGCUGAACCCAAAGCGUGCUGUAUUCUACGCCGACCGCUAUGAAUCAUGGGAUGAGGAAACUCCACCCUGCCACUACACAACCCACUAUUCCACCGCAGCCUCCACCCUCCACUGGCUUGUCCGAAUCGAGCCUUUCACUACAUUCUUCCUAAACGCCAACGGCAACAAGUUUGAUCACCCAAACCGCACUUUCUCCGGCAUCGCCCGCUCGUGGAGGCACUGCCAGCGUGAUACUGCAGAUGUGAAGGAGUUGAUCCCUGAGUUCUACUACCUGCCGGAGAUGUUUGUGAACAGUAAUGGCUACUGUCUAGGUGACAGGGAUGACGGUGUCCCUGUUUGUGAUGUAGAACUACCAGCCUGGGCAAAGAAACCUGAGGACUUUGUCAGGAUCAACAGGAUGGCCCUGGAAAGCGAGUUUGUGUCGUGUCAGCUGCACCAGUGGAUUGACCUUAUUUUUGGCUACAAGCAACGUGGGCCCGAGGCAGCACGCGCCCUCAACGUCUUUCACCACCUGACCUACGAGGGCUCCGUCAACCUCGACAGCCUCGUCAGUGAUCCCCCGAUGCGCGAGGCCACCGAGGCUCAGAUCCAAAAUGUUGGACAGACGCCAUCUCAGUUGCUCAUCGAGCCACAUCCUCCCCGUAGCUCCGCCAUGCACCUGUCUCCUCAGAUAUUUAAAGAUCAGAUGCAGCAGGAUGUCAUCAUGGUGCUAAAGUUUCCCUCCAAUUCUCCCGUCACUCACGUGGCCGCCAACACACUGCCGCACCUGACCCUCCCCGCCGUCGUCACCAUCACCUGCAGCCGACUCUUCGCCGUCAACCACUGGCAUAACACCGUGGGUCUUCGAGGAGCUCCGGGAUAUUCACUAGAGCAGGCCCAUCACCUCCCCAUCGAGAUGGACUCACUAAUUGCUAACAACUCAGGCACAAACAAACGACAAAUCACUGACCUGGUUGACCAGAGCAUUCAGAUCAACACUCAGUGUUUUGUGGUGACGGCUGAUAACCGCUACAUCCUGGUGUGUGGUUUCUGGGACAAGAGUUUCCGUGUUUACUCUUCAGACACAGGCAAGCUCACUCAGAUAGUGUUCGGUCACUGGGACGUGGUCACAUGUCUGGCACGCUCAGAGUCUUACAUCGGUGGUGACUGCUACAUUGUGUCGGGAUCCAGAGAUGCCACUCUGUUGCUCUGGUACUGGAGUGGGCGGCACCAUAUCAUAGGAGACAACCCUAACAACAGUGAUUACCCAGCUCCCCGUGCGGUUCUGACCGGUCAUGACUAUGAGGUGGUGUGUGUGUCAGUGUGUGCUGAGCUGGGAAUUGUAAUCAGUGGAGCAAAAGAGGGGCCGUGUCUGGUCCACACCAUCACUGGGGAUCUUCUGAGGGCUCUGGAGGGCCCCGACAGCUGUGUGCUUCCCCGCCUGAUCUCAGUGUCCAGUGAGGGUCACUGCAUCAUCUACUACGACAGGGGUCAGUUCUGCAACUUCAGCAUCAACGGCAAGCUGCUGGCCCAGAUGGAGAUCAACGACUCCACACGGGCCAUCCUCCUGAGCAGUGAUGGGCAGAAUCUAGUGACUGGAGGAGAUAACGGGGUGGUGGAGGUCUGGCAGGCCUGUGAAUUCAAACAGCUGUACGUCUACCCCGGCUGUGACGCCGGCAUCCGAGCCAUGGACCUGUCACACGAUCAGAGGACUCUGAUCACAGGCAUGGCGUCUGGCAGCAUCGUGGCGUUCAACAUUGAUUUUAACCGCUGGCACUUUGAGCAUCAGAACGGGUACUGAGAGUGAUCAGCCAGUGACAGCCAGCUGCAGCCUCGGGCGGUAACGUGCCAUUACGGGAGGUGAUGUAGCAACUGAAGAUAUGGAAUAUGGAUCAAGAAAUGACACAACGCUAGUUGGAGAAGUGCAGUAACCUACACUGAGAUCCAGCUGCUUGAGCAAAAGUAUACGUGUCUCAGAAAUGCACAGGAGCAAUUGACAGAUGACAGUGGAGAGAGCACAGAGCACAGAUGGAGGCCAGUUUUUCAUCACAAAUUAUUUGAUCUAAUUGUCAUCUGAGCCAACAAUAGUCUUGUCAAAAACAGCCUUUUUACUCGUACUCACGUCAUUUUAACUGUAACCGUGACACUUUGCAUAGAGAACCAAUAACAAUAUUUUUACGAGGUUUAUUUUCUACUGGCUUGCAGCAUAUUUCACUUUCUCUAGGUUUUUUUCUACAGGCCCUUGGGAAAGAAAAGCUACCUGAACAAUAAAUAAGUAAAAGUCCUCCCUCUGAUGCUGAGCUCAUGUAUGUAAAUGCUAUACCAUUUCUUUUAAACUUGUCUGUGAGGCUGCUUUCUGAACUAUUCUGCAAUUUAAUUCUGUUUGUCCUGUGUUUAUGCAUUUUGACAUCAUCAAAUAUUUUUUAUGAUUGCAAAGAAAAAAAGAAAAGAUGCUUUUUGUUUAAUGUGACGUCCUGUAAUGUUCGUUCAGACAUUCUCCUUGUGAGGAUGAAUGGUUUGUCUGGUGUGGAUGUAUUUUAUCUCAGAUGUAUCUGGACUUCUUGAUGUAUGCAGCAUUAAAGACAUCUUUUUGGUCAAGCUCUAAAUGAGGGUCGACGCUGAUGCUGCAUCUGGGCAAAUAUCAUUGUAAUUCUUUUGCAGUUUUAUCAUUUAAAGUUAUACAUGGUUUUACACAUGUGAAAAGACAAUGGUGAGGUUUUUUAGACUGGUAUUUGCACCUAUAACUGUUUUUUAUUUUGAAUAUUUUCAUAUUUGCUUACACCAAGCUUUCACAUGAUGUCAGACUAUUAGUAUGAAUGGUGUGCAUUAAAUAUUAUUUGUUAUAUUCCUUUACUGUCUUAAAUUGUUCUACUGGCACCUUUCAGAAUUGCACUUGAAAUCAGAAAAUAACAUUGUAAAAUCACUGCUGUAAGCAAUACAUUAUGUAUGUGCAUCUUUGAUUCUCUUACAUAUGUAAAUCAAAUCUAUAACUCAGUUU